AUGGAGAGUUUGGAUAUUAGCAUAUCUCCUAAUAUAAGUGACUUAUUAGAUGAAGAAGAUGAAGAAUUGGAAAAAGUUCGCAGAGAGCAAGACAAGGAGUGGAUGACUUUGUGUCAACUAGCAGAUAAAUAUGUUUUGAGAGAUAUCAUUAGACCACAUUUAAAUUAUAAUGAUGGUGUAGGAGCUCACAAGCCAUGUAGCGAGCGAUAUUUGUCUUUCUUUAAAGAUUGCAUUGGGGCACUUGAUGGCACACAUGUUAAAGCUAGAUUGUCGCAAGGUCAAGAAAUAUUGUAUAUUGACCGUAAAGGUUAUCCUACUAAAAAUAUUCUUGCCGUUGUAGAUUUUAACAUGUGUUUUACAUUUGCAUUAGCUGGGUGGGAAGGAUCGACUCAUGAUAUUCGUAUAUUUCGUAAGGCUCUUCGUAGACAAGAACUCAACUUUUCACAUUCAUUGAAAAAUCAAUAUUAUCUAGUUGAUUCUGGAUAUUUGCACAUAAAGGGAACAAAGGAGAUAAUAAAGGCUGAAAAGAAGGCUGCAGUUGAUGCAGCUGCAUGGAUGUUCAAUGUGGUUUCUUCAGUUGGAAUUAUUAUUGUCAACAAGGCCUUAAUGUCCAACUACGGCUUCAGCUUUGCGACUUCGUUAACUGGGUUGCAUUUUGUCACAACUGCUUUGAUGACGACUGUUUUAAAGUGGCUCGGAUACAUCCAAGCUUCUCAUCUACCCCUUCCAGAUCUUCUAAAAUUUAUACUGUUUGCGAACUUUUCUAUUGUCGGGAUGAAUGUCAGUUUAAUGUGGAACUCAGUGGGAUUAACUGCAGCAAUGAACCCUUUGGCAUUAACACUCACGUCGGUAACAGUACAGAUACGCGAGCAGCUUUCUACUAAAGUAGCUUUGCUCUUUAUAUUACUCAACCUCUGUCUCGUUUAAGGUAAUUAUUAAGAUGAUAGUUUUCCUUGUGUGCAGUAUGUUCAUUACCUUCAAAGGAAAUAUUCCCUAACUUCUUUCAAUCUACUGGGACAUACUGCACCAGCCCAGGCUGCAACUCUGCUGUUAUUAGGCCCAUUUUUGGAUUAUUGGUUGACGAACAAGAGGAUCGACCAGUUUAGCUACACCCUCCCAUCUUUGGUGUUCAUAAUUCUUUCAUGCAGUAUAGCCGUAGGCACCAAUCUCAGCCAGUUCAUCUGCAUUGGCAGAUUCACUGCUGUUUCCUUCCAAGUGCUUGGCCAUAUGAAAACUAUCCUUGUUUUGAUACUGGGAUUUUUGUUCUUUGGAAAGGAGGGUCUAAACGUACAAGUGGUAGUUGGCAUGAUUAUAGCAGUUGCUAGAAUGAUAUGGUACAGCAAUGUAUCGACCAAACCUGGUGGGAAGGAACGUCGUAGCCAUUCGAUUAAGCAUGGAUCUGACUCUACCCAACUUGAUGACAAAGUGUAAGAAUUUCUGUGAAAUUCAAAAGCUUAACAGAAGACAUAGCAAAUACUAGGAUUUUUAGUCGGCUGACUCUAAUGCACCGGCCACCUUUCAGAGAGGUAUGACGCGCCUAUCUUCUCAGAGAUGGUCGAAGAGUUCCUAGAAGUUUUUAUGAUGAUUUGCCAAUAGUUGGUGACUCUUUCGAUGAGUGUCUUGACCACCUCGGUCAAGUACUCAAAAGAUGUGAGGGAACUUAGUUCUAAAUGCGCCACCCGAAUCCAGCCUUCGGUUUAUACUCUCAUUAAUUAUUCUUGCUGAUAGUAUAGCAGGGAUUGAAACCUCAGAAUAGCACUUAGUUUGCCUUCAUUCUUCCUUUUGUGCUGAUAUCAUAAGUUAUACUAGUGAUUAAUUUUU